AUGGCUACCCCUAGUGUCCUCGCUUUUGACGCUGAGGGUCGGGCCAUUGACUUAGACAUCAGGGUAGAUGACCUGCAGCUUUUCCUACUGUGCGAUAGGGCGGAUGGUCUCUCCCUCUUUGACCUCACCUCUGGUGCCUCUCCUGCCCCUGCUGCUGAUGCCGACGCCACUGUUUGCUCACAGUGGGCCACACGCGAUGCUGAUGCACGUAUUGCUGUGCGUCGCCACCUCCCUACCUCUGAGCUCACGGACCACUUCCUCUCAGUUUGCCCCACCACUCUCACCGUUGACCUCCUCGAGAAGGCCCUCCUAGCAGCAGAGAAGAGCAUAGUAGAUGUGGGAGCCUCUCGUGGUGACCCUCGCACCCCCAUCUUUGAGGGGUGUUCCCCCUCCCCCCUUUUGCCCUCUGUUGCCUCUGCUGCUGCGGCCGACCUCGUUGGGCUUGAGUCGGCCGGUGCGGCGUCUACCCCUAGCGGGAGACGCCGCCUUGGCAAGGGCAAGGGGGGCAAGGGCGCUGGAGGAGCUAGCGGGGGCGGUGGAGGAGGCGGUGGAGGCGGUGGAGGCAGUGGAGGGGGUGGGGGUGGCGGUGGGGGUGGUGGCGGGGGUGGAGGUGUCGGUGGCGGCAGUGGAGGCGGAGGCGGCGGCGGCGGUGGCGGUGGGAGCGGAGGUGGCGGAGGUGGCGGCGCCGGAGGAGGCGGUGGUGGUGGAGGUGGAGCUGGUCGGGGUGGCGCUGCGCAGAGGGUCGGCUCCGGUGGUGGUCAGCGCCAGCAGCAGCAGCAGCAGCAGCGCACUCAUGACAUCCCCCCCCCCUCAGCAGCUCCGUGA